CGGAUAACCAGGCGACUCUAUUUUUGGGCCGGUGAUGCUUUAAGGCACCUUUCGUUCAUCAAACAUUUGGUCAGUCAUCAGUCGAGUCCGAAGCAAUCCGCGAGUGAGUUAAACUUAUCAACAAAAUGGCCACCGAUCUCAGUAGGCGUGAAAUCGAAAGUGCCGAAUUCGUUUUCGACAUUUUGGGUGAGGCAGGUGAACACGCCAUCGAUGCCGUCGAUUUGGGCGAUGCAUUGCGUGCACUUAACUUGAACCCAACUCUUGCACUUAUUGAGAAAAUGGGCGGCACCAAGAAGAGGGGCGAAAAGAAAUUGAAACUUGAUGAAUUCCUUCCAAUCUUCUCACAAGUCAAAAAAGAAAAGGAAAUGGGCUGCUACGAAGAUUUCCUUGAGUGUCUGAAAUUGUACGACAAAAAUGAGAACGGUUUGAUGCUUCUCGCUGAAUUGAACCACGCUCUCCUCUCCUUGGGUGAAAAGCUGGAUGACGAACAAGUUGAAGCUCUAUUCAAGGAUUGUGUGGACCCUGAAGAUGAUGAGGGAUACAUCCCAUAUGCCCAAUUCCUCCAAAAAAUGAUGACAACACCAAUCAAAUGGAACUAAGUGUGAGAAGCCCAUCAUAACGUUCCUCGCAAAAAUGUGCGAAAAGAAAUUCGAAGAGGAAGAAUAAUCACAACCAUCUCUCCAAUAUCUUCUUCAAUAUUACCAUCACCAGCAAUAAGGAAAUUUAUUAUUUUUUAAAAAAAAUAUAUUAAAUUUUAAAAAUUUAAUUUCAGUUUUCUUAAUUUUUUUUCUUUCUGUUAUUUCAUUUUAUCUCCUUUAUUUUAUAUUUAAUUCGUUUCGGAUAAAGAUUUUAAGAACAGAGCGCAUUGCAUAUAUAACUUAUGUUAGAACUUUUUUGUAUAUAUUAAAAUUAUAAUAAACGAAAAAAGAAACACACACAGUAAACCCAUCAUCGAUAACAUCCGAAUAGAUUUUUGAGAACAGUGAGAAGCAUCUUUCCGAAUCAUUUAACAUCUUGUUAGGAAACGAAGAAAAUGAGUAAACUUGAAAAAUUUUUCAAUUAACAUCGUGAUGGCAUAUUCGAAAAGUUUACUCAUUUUUGAGUUUACUUUUCUAUAUUUUAUUUUAUCUAAAAAAACGAAAACGAAAACUUAAAAGAUUUUAUUGUUUACUCAAACAAGAUUAUAAAGAAAUCUUAGAAAUCAAAUGCCAUCUGAAGAUUUAAAAUAAAAAACAAAGUCGUUGUAAAAGACCACCAUUUGCCAGGUA